CGUCCUGUGGCCCGGGCCUUGUGAACUGAUUUGGCACAUUCCGAGAUUGCUGUACGGCUAAUUGGUCUCCCAGCCAGCCGUGCGAUACUAUCCCAGCACAUUUCCACACGCGGCCAUGCCUUCUUCGAACCAAAAUCUGCGCAACCGGAAGUUGCAGCAGCAAGAUUCCUCCGAGCGAACACAGCCGCCGGCGGGAGCACGCCGAAAAGGUGGUUCCGGCGGAGCCAAGUCGGCCGGCAGCAACCUUCGUUUUUCGUUUAUCUGCCUCGUUGUCAGUGCCUCGCUGCUAAUCUUCCUGCUCGGCGCCUACACAGACUCGUUCCAUCCGAUCAUCGAUGGCAUUGCCGGCCGGCUAGGGUACCACGAGAAAAUCUACGCCGUCGUAAUUGAUGCCGGCUCGACGGGGAGCCGGGUGCUGGCGUUCGAGUUCCACCACGGUUACCUCGAUGGGCGGCUCGUGCUCGAUUACGAGCUGUUUCAGCAAUCCAAACCGGGCCUGUCAGCGUUUGCCGAACGGCCGCUCGAUGGGGCCGCCAGCAUCGGAAAGCUGCUUGAUGCCGCCAAAGGAGUAGUGCCUUCUGAAAAACUAUCUCAAACUCCGCUCGUCCUGAAGGCGACGGCCGGUUUGCGAUUGUUGAAGCCCGACCAGGCGGAAGCGCUGCUUGCUGCCUGCCGGGAACUGUUCCGCACGUCCGGGUUCCUGGUGGACGAGCAGGCGGUGGAAAUCAUGGACGGUACGGACGAGGGCAUCUUUUCGUGGUUCACCGUGAACUUCCUGCUGGGCAAGCUGAACAGUCGCAGCACGGUCGCGGCGCUCGAUUUGGGUGGCGGCAGCACGCAGGUCACCUUUGCACCGAAGGACGUUUCCCAGACGCCACUGUAUGCCGCAUUUAUGCACCGAGUUCCGACGCUCGACUCGUACGUCGAGGUGUUCACAAACAGCUACCUCGGCGCCGGACUGCACGCGAUACGGCACGCCGUAUUCACGCACCGGGUGGCCGAGAAUGAGACGAAGCUGGCAAGCGAAUGUGUUAAUCCGAUCAUCAAGAACAAGCUGUUCCGCUACGGAACCGGUCAGUACUAUGUGAGCGGCAAGGAGAACCCGAGGGCAACGGCCGAAAAUCCGGUGGUCGAUUACGAGCAGUGUGCGGCGAUCGUCAGGGAGAAGCUGUUGCCGACACUUAAACCCAAACCGGUCACGCUGAAGCAGCACGAAAUUUCGGCAUUCAGUUACUUCUUUGAUCGUGCGAUCGAAACGGGGCUCGUUGACCCCAUUCAAGGUGGCGAAACGACGGUCGGCGAGUUUGUCAGUAAAUCGCGAGAGGUGUGCGCCGAAGCUAACACGGAUCAACCGUUUAUGUGUGUGGAUCUUGUCUUCAUCUCUACGCUGCUUGAGGAAGGCUACGGACUGAAGGCAAAGACACCGCUCAAGCUGUACAAAAAGAUCGAUGGACACGAAAUAUCGUGGGCGCUGGGAUGCGCAUAUAAUAUACUGACAAGCCGAGAAAGCGCUAACAGGAAAUAGGGAAGGCAACAAGACGUGUCCUUCAUCUGACGUGACGAGACUUGUCCAGACACAGUGACGAAAGAGUGAAAACACGCCCAGAAGCAGGACGUACGAUCAUCGGACAACAGAAAAGAGAUUUCUUUUCUGUGCUUAACUAACUGUCUAGCUAACGGAAUAACGAGUGAUCGAGCAUACGACAUGAUAACACAAUCAGAUAACUAUCACCCACCAACGGAUAGAACGCAGUGCAUCAACGAAACGCUAGCUCCUCGGAAAGAUAGUGCAGAGCAGAGAGAGAUAUUAUUUUUACAUCUGAUAUACACACACAGGAUUGCAACUUUUUACAAUCAUCAACUUAACUAUUUUAUGCGACUACAGCUCCACGUCACGGAUUCCAUGAAAGCGAGUGGAAGAAGAGAUAGCUGGAGUGGAAAAUUUUUAAUCAAUGGACGAAAUGAACUUUACACUGAGCAAAUUGAGGAUGACGAAAACGACGAUGCCGAAGGAAUCCGAUUGUUAUACAAAGGCACUUUGUUUGAGAGAGUGUGUUCAGCCAGGCACUGUUGGUUUUAGAGGAGCAAGCUGAAACUAUUUUAUACACAAACACGCGAAUCAAUCUACCAACCGAACGAAACUUUACCAGCGAAAACGAGCGCCGUAAAGUGCGCGCACUGUUUAAAUCACGAUGCCUUUGUUUCUGGUGUGUUUUUAUGCUGCCAAAAGACAUACGCUGCGGUUCUGGCACGCCCGGAAUCAGCAGCAGCUUUUUCCAUUACUUUCGAGAGUGGAAUGGAAUUUUAACGGAAUACUAACGAACAGAAACUAGUGGAAAGUCUUUGCAAAUCUUUUUGUAAUAAUCUAAUAUCCAAAAUGUGCCUUGUUUACGUGACAUGAAGAAAACGCAACGAUAUCAGUACGAGCAGGCGGACGAGUAGAAGAACAGACGAGAGAAGCGUUUCAAAACCUCAGCAAUAAAACGUCAGUCAGUAUAUCAUUUUAGGAAAUUCGUAGCAAAUAGAUCGCAACUGGCACCAAGUCGUGCUUCUAGCUCCGUGUGAGAGAGCAGGUAGAUGUGUAGAUCAAUGGCAACUUCGAUGAGCGAUAGUUAAGAAAGUAAAGGAAGUAACCUCCCAGCGUGAGGCUACCGUAGAAAGCAGUCAGAUGCUCCCGUGUGUGCAUGAUUAGCGAUAGGGCAAACUGAAUGUUAAUGUGUUACACUGGCUAGAUACUUUUACUGCACCGAUCCCAUUUCCGCACAAAAACCACCCUUCAAAGUAGCGCAUCUUGCCAAUACUAUCAUCUCUUGGUGGCAAUCUAUCGUCUCUUGCACUCUAUCCGAUGCGGCACGUCUGUGUGCAUGCGUGUGUGAUAUUUUGUCCUUCAUCCUAUUGUUGUUGUUGAUGUUGUUGUAAAUGGAAAAUGGCAAUACACUUAGAGAAGUAACCCUAACCAGCCAGCCCUACGUUGUGGGCGCCGUAUUGCACUCCUAAUGCGAGCGGUCACCCGUUCAUACACUGUCACAUUCCCUUUCCACCAUUACACGUUACCCGCCCGUCAUUGUCGAUGGACAAUCAAGGAUUUAGCAACCAAAUCGUUUCCGCGUAUGUUUGUGUGUGUAUUAUCAUCAGCACCUUGCUAUGCCCUUUUAUAUGCACAAGAAUUCACGUUAGAUGAUAACGAACAUACUAGAUGGCAAACGUGCGUGUGGAGAGUUUAUGUCGAUUCUAGACGUAGUUCUUAGUAGGCGUGCACACGUACCGCCUUCGCGUGAAAGCAUACCAAGUAGCAUAGUAGUACAAGAUGUUGGUAGAAAGUAGGAAUCGUCACUGAAAGAGGUUAGGAAAUGUAGUUCCGUUAACGUUACGACGACUCACUGCGAGUGACACAAAUGUUUGUGGGUGUGAGAGUUGUGUGAUAUAAAGAGAAAUUUUCCAACAAAUCUGACAAAAUUGUGUAUAAGUCAUUUUCUGCACAUUCACAUGGUUUGUAGUUCAAAGGUUGCUGGGAUAGAAAUUAGGUUCACGUGUUGAAAAUUUAAGCAUGGCGUACAAACAGUU